GUUAUUACAUUUGCUCUAACAUGGUAUUAAGUCACUGCUGUUUUAUUUCAUUUCAUGAUAUAACAGGUCAACAUUUUCAGCUCCUGCCAACGACUGUUGGCGUUUACAUUCCUUCCAUUCUGCUAAAUUCUAAUGGGAACAAAACUAUUGUAACCACACAGAACUUUAAGCCGGGUGUAUAAUCGAAAAGUGAGCUUUCAGCGGAUUCAAGUAUUUAAUUCUGUGUUUCUGCCUUUGUGUCUGUGCAUACCUCUGUGUUUUUUUGCACCCUCCCAUCUUCCCAUGUCAGACACACUGAGCAUCAUCUGGGCAGGAGAACCUUUGGCUUUCCGCCGUCUAACUUAAGCCUUUUUUGGGGGUUUUGUUGUGUGUGCUAAAGUAGAUUUACCUUCAAUAACCAUUUAUUAAAUCUCUAUCCAUUAGAGUCUGAGGCUUCAUAAGAGCCGGCUGCAUUAAGCCUGAUUAUGUGAUGGGAGGAAAAGGGUCUAUGUGUCAAGUGUGUCAUCGAGUGAUUUAUAUCCCCGGCUGGGAUCUCUGUCUUGUCAGAUGGACGUGAGCUGCAGAUGGGACAGAGACACACUGAAACCUUUAGUGAUGCUGAAAACUGAAUACUUUUUUUUUUUUUGCUUUUUUGCUGUGAAUGAGGCUGUAAACAUGCUGUCUGUUUCUCACGCUGACGUCGCUGCUGAACCCUGACCCAUCGCUGCUCUCCAAGGAUUCCCGUCCAAGUCGUCUUCAACAACAUGGACGCCAAGGGCCCAGGUGCCACCUUUAAGAGGUCAUCUCUCAAACGCACGACAUCGGGCUCACAGAAGGCACAGAAAGCUUGGAUUGAAAGGACAUUUCAUAAAAGAGAAUGUGUUCACAUAUUUCCCACCAAGGACCCCACCAGAUGUGCCUGUGGUCAGCUGACCACACAGCACGUGGCCAUCCCUCCUGGUGCCAACUCGGUAGAGGAAGCUCACCAGCUGGUGCAGCUUGACGCACCGAAGGACAAAUGGACCGUGACCAAAUACACCAGAACGUACCCAACAGACGCCUUUGGCAUGAUUGAGUUCCAGGGUGGAGGAUUCAUCAACAAGGCCAUGUACAUCCGUGUUUCCUAUGAAACCAAGGCUGAAAACCUGCUGCAUUUGAUGGUGAAGGACUGGCAGCUGGAGCUGCCCACACUGCUCAUCUCCGUUCAUGGAGGUCUGCAGAACUUUGACCUGCAGCCCAAACUCAAGCAAGUGUUCGGCAAAGGUCUGAUCAAAGCGGCCGUCACCACGGGCGCGUGGAUCUUCACGGGCGGAGUCAACACAGGGGUGAUUCGUCACGUGGGAGAUGCCUUAAAGGACCAUUCCUCCAAAUCACGAGGGAAGGUGUGCGCAAUAGGAAUUGCUCCAUGGGGGAUCCUGGAAAACAAAGAGGACCUCAUCGGGAAAGAUGUAACCAGGCCCUAUCAGACCAUGGCAAACCCGCUGAGCAAGCUGGCUGUGCUCAACAACAGCCACUCCCACUUCAUCCUGACCGACAACGGCACCUGUGGGAAAUACGGCUCUGAAGUCAAACUGCGUCGACUGCUGGAGAAGCACAUCUCCCUGCAGAAGAUUAACACUCGUCUGGGUCAGGGUGUCCCACUGGUGUGUCUGAUAGUGGAGGGAGGUCCGAACGUUAUCUCCAUCGCCCUUGAGAGUCUCAGAGAUGAGCCCCCGAUUCCCGUGGUGGUGUGUGACGGCAGCGGUCGAGCUUCUGACAUUAUUUCCUUUGCACACAAGUUCUCAGAGGAUGGAGGCCUGGUUAACGAUGAUGUGCGAGACCAGCUCCUGGUGACCAUUCAAAAGACUUUCAAUUACACCAAAAGCCAGUCACAGCAGAUCUUGCUCAUGGUAAUGGAGUGUAUGAAGAAACGGGAACUGAUCACAGUUUUUCGAAUGGGUUCCGAGGGACAACAAGACAUUGAAAUGGCCAUUCUCACAGCCCUGUUAAAAGGCACAAAUGCCUCUGCGGCAGAUCAGCUCAGUUUGGCUCUGGCCUGGAACCGCGUGGAUAUCGCUCGCAAUCACAUCUUUGUUUACGGACACAAUUUACCACCUGCAGGUGCCAUCGCCAACACUACAGCCUCUGGAGCCACAACGCAAGAGAAGCAGAGGAGUCCUGUCAGCGCUCCACGCAACAAGACCAGGGGAAAGAAGGGCAAAGGGAAGGCAAAGCCUGAACCUCCUGAGGAAACAGACCCGAGGAAGUUGGAGUUGAUUCGUUGGGUGAAUUCUCUGGAGCAGGCUAUGAUGGACGCUCUGGUGCUGGACAGAGUGGACUUUGUGAAACUGCUUCUUGAGAAUGGGGUCAACAUUCACCACUUCCUCACCAUUCCCAGACUGGAGGAGCUAUACAACACGAAACUAGGCCCACCGAACACACUGCAUGCUGUGGUUAGGGACGUCAAAAAGGGAAACCUUCCACCAGAUUAUCAGAUCACUUUGAUUGACAUUGGUCUGGUGCUGGAGUACCUCAUGGGAGGAGCAUACAGGAGCAAUUACACCAGGAAGGCUUUUCGUAACCUCUACAAUACUUUAUACGGACUAAAAAGGCCAAAAGCACUGAAGCUUCUAGGAAUGGAGGAUGAUGAACCGAGGCCUAAAGGCAAGAAAAAGGCCAAAAAGAAGAAAGAAGAAGAGGUGGACAUUGAUGUGGAUGACCCUGAGGUCUGUCGAUUCAAGUUCCCCUUCCACGAGCUGAUGCUAUGGGGAGUGUUGAUGAAGCGCCAGAAGAUGGCGCUUUUCCUCUGGCAGCGUGGAGAAGAGGGCAUGGCGAAGGCCCUGGUGGCAUGUAAACUGUAUAAAGCCAUGGCCCAUGAAUGUUCCGAGAGUGAACUGGUGGAUGACAUCUCCCAGGACCUGGAGAACAACUCCAAAGAAUUUGGCCAGUUGGCCUACGAGCUGUUAGACCAGUCCUACAAACACGAUGAACAGGUGGCCAUGAAACUCUUAACAUAUGAGCUUGUUCACUGGAGUAACUCCACCUGUCUGAAGCUGGCUGUGGCUGCGAAGCAACGUGACUUCAUCGCCCACACCUGCUGCCAGAUGCUGCUCACCGACAUGUGGAUGGGUUGCUUGAGAAUGGGCAAAAGUCCUGGCCUCAAGGUUAUUCUGGGAAUCAUCUUUCCUCCUCUCAUCCUACUGUUGGACUUCCGUCUCGGAGAUGAUGCAGUUUAUCAUGCACCUGGAGGCAAGGAAGCAGGAAAAGACAAGGAUGAUGACACAAAAUCCAGCAAGGAACACAACACUGAUGGGAAUUCACGUAAAGGCGACGAAGAGGAAGGAACCGCUAAAGUCCACAAAAUCCCUAUUGGCAAAAGGAUCUUCGAGUUUUAUAACGCACCCUUCACCAAAUUCUGGUUCAACACUAUUUCCUAUCUGGGAUAUUUGAUGUUGUACAACUACAUAAUCCUGGUGAAAAUGGAAAGAUGGCCAUCUUUACAAGAGUGGACUGUCAUUUCUUACAUCCUCACACUUGGCACUGAAAAAGUCAGACAGAUUCUGAUGUCAGAGCCUGGGAAACUGAAACAGAAGAUAAGUGUGUGGUUGGAGGAUUACUGGAACAUCACAGACCUGGCUGCCAUCUCCACCUUCCUUCUGGGGCUCAUGCUCCGGCUGCAGCACGAGCCUUACAUGGGUUAUGGCCGAGUCAUCUACUGUAUAGACAUUAUCUUCUGGUACAUCCGUGUCCUGGACAUCUUUGGAGUCAACAAAUACCUGGGGCCCUAUGUGAUGAUGAUAGGGAAGAUGAUGAUAGAUAUGAUGUACUUUGUCGUGAUCAUGCUGGUGGUGCUCAUGAGCUUCGGUGUGGCUCGGCAAGCCAUCCUUCACCCAGACGAGGAGCCGACUUGGCGACUGGCCAGAAACAUCUUCUAUAUGCCCUACUGGAUGAUCUAUGGGGAGGUUUUUGCGGACUCGAUAGACCGUAAGACUAGAAUUCAUAUCUAUGCAAUGGAAAUCAACCCUCCAUGUGGUGAACAUUUAUAUGAUGAGGAUGGGAAGAAACUGCCUCCUUGCAUCCCUGGUGCCUGGCUCACACCUGCUAUUAUGGCCUGUUACCUUCUUGUGGCAAACAUCCUUCUGGUCAACUUGCUAAUUGCAGUCUUCAACAACACCUUCUUUGAAGUGAAGUCUAUUUCGAACCAGGUGUGGAAGUUCCAGCGAUAUCAGCUGAUCAUGACUUUUCAUGACCGUCCCAUCCUUCCUCCUCCUCUCAUCAUCUUCAGCCAUCUCUACAUCCCUCUCAGCAGGCUGUUUCGACGCUGUGCCAGAAAGAAAACCGAGGGAGAGCUGGAUGAGAAGGACAGAGGCCUCAAACUGAGGCUGAAUCCAGAGGAGUUAAAGAGUCUGUAUGAGUUUGAGGAACAAUGUGUGGAAGAAUAUUUCCGUGGGAAGGAAGACGAGCAGCAGUCCUCCAGCGGCGAACGCAUUAAGGUCACCUCAGAAAGAGUUGAGAAUAUGUCCAUGCGCCUGGAGGAGGUAAAUGAGAGGGAAAACACGAUGAAGGCCUCUCUGCAGACAGUGGAUUUGCGCCUGGCUCAACUGGAAGAGAUCCAUGGGCGAAUGGCAGUCGCUCUAGAAAAACUUGCGGGCUUGGACAGACUAGAGCUAACCCGAACCUAUUCACGGAACUCCUCUGUGUGUGACCCCUCCUCCCUCCAUCGUCAGGGCAGCAUUAACAGCGCUGACGGUUAUAGUCUUUACCGUUUCCACAUGGACAUGGAAGAGUUUGCGCAGAAGCAGAAGGACACGGAUGAGUCAACAAAAACCGGUCUGGAGACACAGAGGAAUCUGCAGCAAGCCUCCAGUUUCCGUGCUCUCAACACAACAAACGGGGGCCAGAUGUUAGAUGUCGCUGGUUUAGAGAGAUCACGACCCAGCUCCUGUGUGGACAUUUUCAUAUCUCCAUGUGAACAAAAGUCUGCAGCAUCCAGUCAAGAGACCAUCGCCAACAUUAAACAUGGUAGCACAUUUCUAAUGGACAGACUAACAGACAAGGAUAGACUGAGGCCUUCUUCCCCUCCAAAAAGGACCAAAUCCUUGAAAUACUACCCAGUCGAAGACCAACAACUGUCUCCACUGACAAAGAGGAGGGCUAUGAGCACUAUCAUUAUCAACCCUCCAGAUGAACCAGCUGACCCAGCAACAAAAGCCCAAAUGCUGCUGGGAGCGUCCGCUUCUCCAAAGAGAACAACAUCUUUGAGAUACAUUGCAAGUGAAACGCAAAGUCAAACUUCUCUAACAAAGAAGAGGGCAAUGAGCAGCAUCAUCUACGACCCCGCAGGGGCAAGUGACAAAGGGGAGCAAACCGCAGACAACAGACCAGUGGUGGAGCAAGGAGCAAACACACCAAAUGAGGUGCACUCCAGCAUUUAUGGUCAUGUGCCUAAAGUAUCUACAGUCAGAGCUCUUGCCCAGCAGUUUCAAAUGAGUGCUGCACCAGCAGAGCUCAAAAUGGAGGAGAAUCUGGUGCAUCAAACUCCGCCAGAAAUUAAGGGAACUCCUCCAGCGGCAGAGUCCACGGCAGACCCAGCAAAGACCAAGGCAAAGAGAAACCUUUCAGACACCACGGAGUAUCUGACUGUGGCCGAGGACAAUUAUUUACCAUCUCACAGGUCAGACAGCUGGAAUGCCAGUGUGAGGAAAACAAAGAGCUUCAUGGUUAGCAAAGAGCCCAGAGCCUACAGCAGUGAGAGAGACCUUGUUGAAGCCUGCAGGGCAGCAGCUGUCGGCGGGGAAGAGGUGGGAAAGAAGAUGGAGGCAGAGAAGAGAGAAGACGAUGCACAGGAAGACAAAUAAGGCAUGCAGAAGAUAAUAAGUCAGAACAAAGAAAAUGAAUACAUAAACAAAAUACAUCACCAUGCAGUAAAUAUCAGUCACUCAGCGCUAAAUAGUGAAAACACUACUGUUGAAAAAGACACUUUCUUUACCAUCUUUACUUUUCAUUGGUGUAACACAGCAGCAGCUUACAAAGACAACCAUUCACAUCACAGCUUUCCAUGUCACUGUGUUUUCAUAGUGGAGAUGUAGAGGGGAACCAGUGUGAUGUCUACAGUUUCACAGUGAAAAUAAAGGAUAUACACAACUCCUA